AUGUCUGCUGAAGGCACAUCUACUCCCACGGAUUCCCGGGCGGGUACCAUGGCGCCCGAGUCGGUUGUUCCUUCAUCGCCCCUCACAGACCCGACUGAAGCCGAUGAAUCGAAGUCGUCUCUUGGCAAAGAAGAUGACGAUUCCAAGGCAAAUUUGACCGAUUCAGAAGAUGUCGAGGGGAUGGACACUAAGGCCAAGGCCUUGAUGCAUUUGUUGAAAACCAGCUCGUGGUCUGAUGUCCUCUCGUACCUGCAGGUCUUUGUCGCUAUCAUGUCAGAGAAAAUGAAAAAGCAACAAGAGGAUGCACGUUUGGCGGCGAUCAAGCACCGUGAACAGACUGCUCCGAGCCAGAAGAAAACAAAGGCGCCUCCGGAACCUGGUCGCCGAGCCACUCGAACUCGGCCAAACCAAGAUGCGAUGGAGGAGGACGCAGCCGCCGACGAAAAGGUUGUAGGAUCGUCUAGAGGUCGGCCUAAGCGGGCAGUCGCUAAUGGCAGCUCGAUUUCCAGUUACUUCAAAAAGGCUGAUGUGGAAGUGACUGAGGACAAUUCCUCGGUGCAGCAAGCCCUUGAGCAGGCUGCAGAUGACUACAAAGCAAAUCCCAAAGCUCUUGGUGAACAGGACCUGGUCGCAACACAGCAGCCAAAACUUGUGAGCGGCGGCACAAUGAGAACAUACCAGUUGGAGGGCCUCGAAUGGCUCAAGACCCUGUGGAUGAAUGGGCUUUGUGGCAUCCUUGCUGAUGAGAUGGGCCUUGGAAAGACUGUUCAAGCCAUCUCCAUGAUUGCCUUCCUGAAAGAAAAGAACGUCUCAGGGCCCUUCUUAAUUGCCGCACCACUGAGCACGGUGAGCAAUUGGGUGGAUGAAUUCGCCCGGUGGACACCGGAAAUAAAAUCGGUUUUGUACCAUGGCUCGAAGGAUGAGCGGGCGGCCUUGCGUAAAAACCAUAUGAAAAUGAAAGACCAGGGAGACAUGGAUUUCCCAGUGAUAUGCACGUCCUACGAGAUUUGCAUGAAUGACCGGAAGUUUCUGGGUCAAUAUCAAUGGCGAUAUAUCGUUGUUGAUGAGGGCCACCGUUUGAAAAACAUGAACUGCAAGCUCAUCAAGGAGCUUUUGACUUACAACUCAGCCAACCGUCUGUUGAUUACUGGGACGCCUCUCCAGAAUAACAUCUCAGAGUUGUGGUCACUUUUACACUUCCUGCUCCCUGAAGUUUUCAACGACCUCAACUCCUUUGAGGGCUGGUUCGAUUUUUCUUCCGUGCUUGACAACAAAGGCCAAGCGGGGCUUGUUGAAAAGCGCAAGCGUAACCUAGUCACCAGCAUGCACGCUAUCCUUAAACCUUUUCUUCUGCGGCGUCUCAAAACAGAUGUGGAGACCAAUCUUCCCAAGAAGCGAGAGUAUAUUCUCUACGCUCCACUAACCCCCGAGCAAAAAGACCUCUAUCGGGAGAUCAUUAAUGGUACAGGGCGCCAGUAUCUCGAAGGAAAGGCUCUGGAGCGUCUGGAGAGUAAGAGCGGCAGCUCGACGCGAUCACAAAGCAUGAAGCGCAAACGUCAUGGCAAUGACGAGACAAGGCCGGCCAAGAGCACCAGAUCUAGCGGGAUAUCUACACCGGCUAUAAAUGGAAAUAAUCCUAACCGCCGCCGACGAAUUACGCGUCAAAGCUACAAUGAUCUAAGUGAUGGAGAAUUUGACGAGCAUCUCCGCAAACUCGAGCUGGGAAUCGAAGAAGAGGAAAUGAAGCUCGAGCCUAGCGAUACUGAGCUUGAAGAGAUGCAGCGGGCUGAGAAUCUGAAGCUUGCCAAAAAAGAGAUUGGACAAAAGAAAAUGCAAAACCCAGUCUUACAGGCCCGCCUUGCCUGCAACUCUCCGCACAAUUUUUACUGGCCUUGGGUGGACGAGUCCUCAUCCGUCGACGAAAGUCUCGUCUCUGCGUCUGGAAAGAUGCUGUUGUUAGACCGCUUGGUCUCCUGUUUACUUGAGAAGGGCCAUAAAAUUUUGAUUUUCUCCCAGUUCAAAACUCAACUGGACAUCAUCGAAGAGUGGAUAACGACACUUCGCUCCUGGGAAUGUUGCCGAAUCGAUGGCGCUAUUGCACAGUCAGAGCGCCAAGCUCAGAUUAAAAACUUUAAUACCAAGAAGAAUCACAAGCUCUUCCUCUUGAGCACCCGAGCUGGGGGUCAAGGAAUCAACCUCACCGCGGCUGACACUGUCAUCAUCUUUGAUUCUGACUGGAAUCCCCAGCAGGAUCUGCAGGCUCAGGACCGAGCCCACCGCAUUGGCCAGACCAAGCCAGUGAUCAUCUACAGAUUGGCCACGAAGGGUACCGUUGAACAAACACUUCUUGAGAAAGCGGAUUCCAAACGUCGACUCGAACGUCUGGUGAUACAGAAGGGCAAAUUUCGCUCUUUGCUCGACCCUAGUGCGAACUCUCAAGAUAUCGACGAAUUGCGCAAGGCUCUUGGCGAGAACGAGUUCGAGCGGUUCGAGGUUGGCGUUGACCCUGCGUCGAUCUUGUCCAAUGAAGAUCUUGACAUCUUGACCGAUCGCUCUGAGGAGGCCUAUCUGCGUGCUGAGAAGGGGUUGGAUACGCAAGGAGCUGCGUUUGUUGCAGUUGAAACGAAGCGCGAUGCUGGCGAGAGCAUUCUCUCCUGA